AUGGCCAAAUCUAAGAACCAUACCAACCACAACCAAACCCGCAAGGCCCACAGGAAUGGUAUCAAGAGGCCCAAGUCCCACCGAACGCCAUCCAUGAAGGGUGUUGAUCCCAAAUUCCGCCGCAACGCUCGUUUCGCUCGCGUCGGCUCCGAGCGUGCACGUGCAGAGCAAAAAGCAGCCGCAGCUUCAUGA